UGAAAUCUGCUAGCGCAGGCCUGGUCUACCCACCUCGCUCGACCCCCGAGGGGAAAAGCGCAGGCGCCUCGCGCAGCUCUCGGCAGCUUUGAAGCCCUCGUCGGUGCCUUCCUCUCCACCAGCCUUUCCUCCCCGCGGAGUUGACUGGGUGGGCAAAGGUGAAGCGUCCUAAGUCCUGCUCCCGCAGGGACUCUUCGUAGCGGCAGCCCUGUUUCUCCCAGAUGGCGCAUAGGGCCGAGCCCCCAGACGGGGGCUGGGGCUGGAUGGUGGUGCUCUCAGCUUUCUUCCAGUCGGCGCUGGUGUUCGGGGUGCUUCGUUCCUUCGGCGUCUUCUUUGUGGAGUUCGUGGAGGCGUUCGAGGAACCCGCAGCGCGCGUCUCCUGGAUCGCUUCCAUAGGAAUCGCGGUGCAGCAGUUUGGGAGCCCACUUGGCAGUGCCCUGAGCGCGAAGUUCGGGCCCAGGCCGGUGGUGAUGACUGGAGGCGUCUUGGCUGCUCUGGGGAUGCUGCUCUCCUCCUUUGCCACCUCCUUGACUCACCUAUACCUGAGUAUUGGGCUGCUCUCAGGCUCUGGCUGGGCCUUGACCUUCACGCCGACGCUUGCCUGCCUGUCCCGGUACUUCUCUCGCCGGCGAUCCCUGGCCACAGGGCUGGCACUGACAGGAGUGGGCCUCUCCUCUUUUGCCUUUGCCCCGCUUUUCCAAUGGCUGCUCAAUCACUAUGCCUGGAGAGGGGCUCUACUGCUGGUGUCUGGCCUCUCCCUCCACCUGGUGGCUUGUGGUGCUCUCCUCCGCCCUCUCUUCCUGGCUGAGGACCCUGCCAUGGGUGGCCCUGGGACUCAACUCAUCUCCCUCCUCCAUCAUGGCCCCUUUCUCCGUUACACUGUGGCCCUCACCCUGAUCAACACUGGCUAUUUCAUUCCCUACGUGCACCUGGUGGCCCAUCUCCGGGACCUGGAUUGGAACCCACUGUCUGCUGCCUCCGUACUCUCAGUGGCUGCUAUUUCUGACCUUGUGGGGCGUGUGGUUUCUGGGUGGCUAGGGGAUGCCAUCCCAGGCCCUGUGGCUCGUCUCCUGAUGCUCUGGACCACCCUGACUGGGGUGUCACUAGUCCUGUUCUCUGUGGCUCAGGCUCCCACAGCCCUGGUGACCCUGGCUGUGGCUUACGGCUUCACAUCAGGGGCGCUGACCCCAGUGGCCUUCUCCGUGCUGCCUGAACUGGUGGGGACUGGAAGGAUAUACUGUGGCCUGGGACUGGUACAGAUGGUAGAGAGCAUCGGGGGGCUGCUAGGGGCUCCUCUGUCAGGCUACCUCCGGGAUGUGACAGGCAACUACACCACUUCUUUUGUUGUGGCUGGGGCCUUUCUUCUUGCAGGGAGUGGAGUUCUCAUCACCCUGCCCCACUUCUUCUGCUCCUCAGCUUCUACCCCCAAACCCUCGAAUCUUGUAACAGAUGGACUAGAUACCAGAGUCCCCUUGCCCAAGGAGGGCCUGGGUGAGGAAUAAAGUCCAAGAAGGGGCAGGCAGACCGAGAAGCCCAGAGUUUAUAGCUCUACGUCUUCUGCUCCUGCCGCAUGUUAGUGCCCACAAAACCGCAGUGCCUUAAGCUUCUUGAUCUGCCUCCUCAGAGCAGGCUAGGAGCUCCUGCAGUGUACAUGCCAGCCCUUUGUA